AUGUCAUUACCCCCAGGCAAACAUGCAGAUUUGAUUCUCGAACUCACCAUCCGGGAAAUGGUGGCAAUCGCAGAAGCGGCAGGAUUGCGGAUGUUUUUGUACGUGUGGCAUCAGAAGGCAAGGCUUCUUGAAGCCAUAAUAUGGAAGGGUCGUGGGCAGGAGCUGUUGGAUGCGAUGCAAGCAAAGCGCACCCGGGAGCUGUCCACUGCAACCAGUGGUGCUCAGGCUGGGCGGUUGUUGAACAGACAAGACAAUGCUGCCACAUCGGCCGCACGACAAGUCGGCUAUAAUCCAUCAGUGUUUAUGGAUAUUCCGUCCCAAUCAGAGCUCAAGAAAAAAUAUGAACAAUUUUAUCUUGCCAUGAGCAACACUGGUUUAGCACAUGCAACCUGUGCUGUAUGCAGACAACUUCGCUUGAAGUCGGAUGUGCCAGUUGUGGAGAAGAAGUUAUCGGAGAUACCGAACCAUGAGCGAUUGCGCUCUCAUGAGGAUCAUACCACACAGGACGUAGUCAGUGGCCUUGUGCUUGAGCAGACAGGUUGUACGGGUAGUUCCCAGGAUCCUACAGUCACCGUGUGCAAGUCUUGCAUGGUUGAACUCAGUUGCCAAUCCACACAAGGCGAGCAUCCUCCGAAGGGGUUCAGCCCUGAUAGCUUGCAGAGUACGUUGGUGGGGAAUGUUACAACCUUUGACCUCAAUCUCAAUUGCGUUGCCGACAUGAUUGAAGGGUGCCUCAUGCCACAGCAUCCACAGGUGCUCUUGCAAGUUGUAUCUAUCACAUACGUCGAUGUCAAGGGUCUUUCCAAGCGGUGGCAGCAAGCAACGUUUCGAGUGUGUCGGCAUCAUGUUGGAGAGGCGUUGAGAUGGCUCAAGGAAAACAAUCCACGUUACUAUGGUGAUGUCGACAUUCAGCGCGCACAAUUGGAUCAAUUGCCAGAGGACGACGAGCCACGUGGCAGUGUACUGGCAAUGGAGCGUGCCAGGUAUGUUCCUGAAGGGGAUGAUGAUGGCAAUCCUGACACUUCGGCAUCUUUUGGUACCACCUCGAACGAAAAUUCUGAAGUCGGUGCAGACGUCAUCCCAAUGUACGCUCACGGCAUUGUUGACUCUGAGUUGUCAGAGAUUUCAUCACACGACUUGCUCCUUACAGAUCUUGUCAAUCUGUGGCGAGAUGGGCAGGAGGGUGGAUAUCUCAUUUGUCAUGGACAACGGCCCGCAUCCAAUUUUCCCCCCAGCACAGACAGUCCUCUUGCCGGUCACAACUUUUGGAAGAAAGCUUUUCUGACGCUGUUUCUGUAUGGCGUUGGAGGGCCUGAAUGCGAACGGCCUGUUCAUGUGUCUUUGCAGGAGCAUGUGCAGUGGCUGCUGGAGCAACACGACAAGCGUUACCGACUGCACUCUAACUUCGAUUUUGUUGCGUGCAGCAUUGAACAGCACAGGCAGGCGCUGUUGUCUACCAAGUUGCAAAUGCGACGUCGAGACUUCGAGCGAGACACACAAAUCAUCUCAUCAGUUACAAUCGCAGAUUUACAAGAGGCGUCUCGUCAGAAAGAUCGCCACGAGCCUAUUAGCAAUGCUGCUGUCAAACUACUGAAGAGGCAAGUGCAUGCUACUGCGAGCCGUGUUCUCGGGUCAGAUGCGGCACACUUUCGUUUCAGGUCGGAGAUCUGGUCGACUGGCAUUAGGUUUGGUCCUCUGUCAGUGUGGUUGACUAUCAAUCCAGACGACAUCGAUGACGUUAUCGCACAUGUCUUCGUUGGCAAGAAUAUCAACAUGGACAAUUUCAUGAACACUGUCGGCCCUGACAAGGCUGCUCGCGCUCGGAAUAUUGCCAAUGACACAUACACAGCCGCCACCUAUUUUCACUUUAUUGUUUGGACUGUAUUUGAAACACUGUUCGGCAUUACAGUACAUGACUGA